ACCAUCAGGCCCUGGUAGAGCGCUCUCCGAUGUCUCUACCUGCUCCUUCAGAAGCUUCACGAGCUCUCCGAGUCCCUAACCAGAGCAGCAACGGCGAAACGGAUACCCUUCUCGUCAACGACGACCAAGUCAUCAUCGUGCACGAUUCGCCACGACAGAGAAGAUCUGUGAGAUGGAGAGGAUUGUUCAUCAGAAGCAUUGCCUUGCUAUGUGCAUGUUCUCUGAGUGUCGGGAGUCACUAUGCAACAUAUAUCCUUGCUCCCCUCAAAUCACGAAUCACCAGGGAAAUGGGGACUUCAAACACGGAAUUCAGCUUGCUGCUGGCGGCUUUCAGCCUGAACAGUACCUGGACUCCUCUCGCAGGUGGAGUACUGGCUGCCACUCUUGGGACGACCUUCACCAGCAUACUCGCCACAGGCAUCAUUGUCACAGGCCUCUUCGUUCUACUCGUAGGGGACUUGACCGGCGACGUCAGGCUGAUGACUCUAGGAAUGUUCAUAUUUGGCCUCGGUGUUAGUCCUCUCGCCGUUGUACAAGAAACCAUCAUCGUUCGCUUCUUCAAAUCCCACUCGUUGGGUCUGUCUAUGGCUAUCGGACUCGUGGCCGGCAAGAUCGCCUCAUUUGUUGCCGCUCGAACGUCAUACCCUCUCACCCAGAAAUUUGGGCCACACGCACCGUUCUACACCGCCGCCAUCUUGGCCACAUUCUCAUUUGGCAUCAACCUCGUUUAUGUUGCGUCCUCAAAAUGGCUUGUUGCGAACACACAGACAGAGCUGGAGCCUUCAGAAAUUCGAGACGAGGCCGCAAGGUUCUCAGUACAAGAUAUGUCGGAGGGCGACGCCCUCGCGAAGGUCGCCGAGAAGAGAAGGGUCAAACUGAAGGAUAUCACGCAGCUGGGGGAUGUAUUUUGGGCCUAUAUUGGGGUAAAUUUAUUCUGUGGCAUGAUCUGGCACCCCUUCACCCACCUUGCGGCAAAUCUAAUUCAACGCCGAUACCAACUCACUGAGCUUGAUGCAAGCACGAAAGCUUCGUAUCUUCUCGCCGGGAGUAUGUUUUUAUACCCUACGGUCGGAUUCGUCAUAGACCGAUUCAAACGUCCAUCUCUGGUAAUCAUGUUAUUCGCCCUGUCGUCGCUUCUCACUAUGUUCGGGUACACCUGGUUCACCCUUCCACCCGAUGUAACUGGUACCCCUAUCCCUGCCAUUGCAAGCAUCGGCGCCGGAAUAGGAUUCUCCCCUCUUCUUCUGGUCGUCAUUGUUCCCCAGCUAGUUCCUAUGCGAUAUGUGUCUACCACACUCGGUGCUCAUAAGAGUCUUGAGCAGGCAGGAGCCACAAUUUCUCAAACGCUUUCCGGCCUGAUCUUGGACACCGAGGCAGACAGUGAUCCGAACAGUACCCAACCCAUCUUAAGCUUCUUCCUCGUCCUCAACGUCAUUCAAUUCUUUGGUAUUUUGGGCCUUUGGUACCUUAGCCGCCGCCAAAGGCUCAAGGAGGCCCGUCACCGUCACGAACUCGUCAUGGCAUCCCCGAACCAUUCGGAGACGUCACUCGAGGACGAGGCCAAUGCCAGGGAAUCGUCCCCUCCGCCUAGUCCGCACCGCACCACCACAAGACUCGACACGCCGUCGUCCGCAAAUGGGCACUCGAAACGGCAACGGAAAGCGACGAAACGAAUGAAGAAGAGGGGUAAAGUUUUUGGGGCGAUGUGUGCUGGGUGCAUCGUUGGUGCCUGGGUGCUGUUCCUCGUCACUGCGUAUUUAAGGUUGAGGUCAAAGCAGGAGAGGGAGGGCAAGCUGCAUCAGUAGAUACUACCAGCAUUCGUUUGGUUUGCUUGUGGUUCGGCAGGUCCAUCUAAGUAAUUGUAUGUAUAAUUAG